UAGAUCACAGAGGGCGUGUCGCGGGUUCGUAGUAGACGUGGUACAAGUUGAAGUAGGUUUAUUAUUUAUUUAUUUAUUUUUUUUUCCCCUCCUCAUUUUAAAGAAAGAACUUUGUCGUCGCCGUUUUCAAGGUGCUUGAAUCCGAACGACCAUGUUGGACUUUGCUAUUUUCGCAGUGACGUUUGUCAUAAUCUUGGUUGGUGCAGUUCUGUACCUGUACCCGUCUUCCAGACAAGCCUCUGGAAUCCCAGGUCUCACUCCCACAGAGGAGAAGGAUGGGAAUCUGCAGGACAUCGUGAACAGGGGCAGUCUGCACGAGUUCCUGGUCGGGCUUCAUGACAGAUUUGGUCCCGUGGCCUCCUUUUGGUUUGGCCGGAGACCUGUGGUCAGUCUUGGCUCCCUGGAGAUGCUGCAGCAACACAUCAACCCCAACCGUGCGACGGACUCAUUUGAGACGAUGCUGAAGUCUUUACUGGGAUACCAGUCUGGGCUCGACGGUAACGUGACAGAUGCAUUAAUGAGGAAGAAAGUGUAUGAGAGUGCCAUCAACAGCACCCUGGAGAAGAACUUUCCUCUGCUGUUAAAGCUGGCGGAGGAGCUUGUGGGGAAAUGGCAGUCCUUCCCCGAGUCCCAGCACACCCCUCUGUGCGCUCACCUCCUGGGACUGGCCAUGAAGUCCGUCACCCAGCUCGCCCUGGGCAAACGUUUUCAGGAUGAUACAGAGGUCAUCCGCUUCCGAAAAAACCACGAAGCGAUCUGGUCAGAGAUUGGGAGGGGCUAUUUGGAUGGGUCUCUGGAAAAGAGCUCCACCCGCAAAAAGCACUUUGAGGAUGCAUUAUCCGAGAUGGAAGCAGUGCUAAAGUCUGUGGCCAAGGAACGGAAGGGGCAGAGCUCUGGCUCACCAGCAUUUAUUGACUCUUUGUUGCAGGCUAACCUUACAGAGAGGCAGGUCAUGGAAGACAGUAUGGUGUUUAUUCUAGCCGGUUCUGUAAUUACAGCUAAUUUAUGUAUUUGGGCUGUGCAUUUCUUGUCUGCGUCAGAAGACGUGCAAGAGAAACUGCACAGGGAGCUCAAGGACGUCCUUGGCAACGAGCCUGUGUCCUUGAAAAAGGCUUUGCAGCUCAAUUAUUGCCGGCAGGUGCUCAACGAGACAGUGCGAACUGCCAAACUGACACCCAUCGCAGCUCGGCUCCAGGAGGUCGAGGGGAAGGUUGACCAGCACGUCAUUCCCAAAGAGAUGUUAGUGAUCUAUGCUCUGGGAGUGGUCCUACAGGAUGCAGACACCUGGACUCUGCCAUACAGGUUUAACCCAGACAGGUUCAAGGAGGAUGGAGCCAGGAAGAACUUUUCUCUGUUGGGCUUCUCAGGGAACCAGGUGUGCCCAGAGCUCAGGUUUGCCUACACGGUGGCUACUGUCCUCCUGAGUACGUUGGUGCGUAGGCUUCGACUUCAUCAGAUCGAGAACCAGGUGGUAGAAGCCCGAUACGAGUUAGUGACAACCCCUAAAGAUGACACCUGGAUCACACUAAACAGGAGGAACUAAUGCUGUCCCUGCCCUAGAGCUCUGUGUUUGGAGACCCCCAGGUUUCAGUUGGAGAGAAAUGGUUUUUGGACUUCAGGUUACAUGAGGACCUGUUGUUUAUAGCCAUGUUUUGUUUCAAUACAUAAGUCUGACAUACAGAAGAUUAUGUGAUUUAGAGAAAAAAAAUUCAGGUAAGUAGUUGCACAAGUAAACGUUGCACUCUACUAUCCUGAAUGUCAGUCAAGAAGGUCUUUACUGAUGUGCUCCGGAGACCCCUGGGCUAACUGUCGGUUUCAAGGCCCCUUUAGAAAUCCGAAUGGAUGCAGUGGUGUAUGAUCAUGUUUGCACCCAUUCCUUUGUCACAGAGGGGAAAUAAUUUUGUUAAUAAAAUUUUAUAACAAAAAAUCUACAUCCUGGUUCUUUAUUAAUGAACAUUUUUGAGAUGUCCUGCACAAAUUUAGCAGUUUAUGGUCUGUUUUUGGGGUUUAUUCAGUUGUUUAAAAACAGCCAAGUGUGUUUUACAUGGACUUGUUGAAAUCAAGGCUCACAACAGAACAAUAAAAUUUUAACACAUUUUCAGUAAAAAGAAUAUAUGUUUCUCACCCUGUGAUUAAUGCAGUGAAGUGUUCCACUUCUGCACACAUCUGUCCAUGUCCCAUUGAGCACAUUUCUAACUUUAAUUUUCACUAUAUUGUGAUGUGGAGUUUAGCAGGAUGGACCAGAUUGUGUUUAAAGUGAUUUGUAAUGCUGUUUAAUAUAGUCCAACUUCAUUUUACAGUAGUCAGACCGUUACUCACUAUACUGUUAAAUAUUUUAACCC